AUGAAACCUCUCGAAUACCCGUAUCGGUCACCAGUGAUGUUCAAAAGAGCUUUGGUACUUUCGUGGCUGUUUCCAAUAAUCUACUCUCUACUUCCGCUGUUAUGGAACACCGAUCCGACGCGAGGUAUUCAUAAGGCGUACAUCAUAUGUUUACAGUUCUUUGGUAUUGUUGUUCCAUAUAUCUUCAUUACCUUUGCCUAUGUGAGAAUUUUCAGACAAGUCCGAGGCAGCCUAGCAAUGAUGAAAGACUUUCGAAUUGAUCCACUUCGAAGGACCAAGAACGACAUUGAUCCACUUCGAAGGAACAAGAACGACAUUGAUCCUCCUCGAAGGACCAAGAACGACAUUGAUCCACCUCGAAGGACCAAAAACGACAUUGAUCCUCCUCGAAGGACCAAGAACGACAAGAGAAGCACUUCAUCAGAAGUCCAAGUUGCCAAAGUGUUUUGCAUAAUUUCGGUAGCUUUUAUCCUCUGUUGGUUACCGAUUAUCUAUAUUACAACUGCCAGUACUAUAUUGAAUCGUCUUGAUAUUGUCCCUCAAGCUCUGGUGACCGUUUCAUUUUUCACCAUAGUGAUCAGCUCACUUGUAAACCCUCUCAUUUACGCUUUUCUUAAGCCAGACUUUAAGUUGGCUAUUCGGACUGUAUUUUCGAGGAGAACUCGCGCGCAAUCGCGUGAGUCCUCUUCUGGAGUAAACUUGGUAUUAAAGAAAAGCGAAGAAGGAUCUUGA